AUGGCCGCCAACGCACACCGGCACAUCGGGUGGGACGAGGGAGCCACGAAUCUCCCACUUCGGUUCCGGAUAUACGAGCCCCACCACGACACCCUGGGUCACCUGGAGAAGGCUGUGGUGCUGGAGCUCACCUUGAAGCACGUGAAAGCGCUGACCAACCUCAUCGAGCAGCAGCAGCAGAAAAUCAUCGCGUUGCAGAACGGUCUGCAAGCGGGUGACCUGUCGUCAAGAAACCUCGAUUCCAGCCAGGAAAUGUUCCGAUCCGGUUUCCAGAUGUGUGCCAAGGAGAUGCUGCAAUACCUGGCCAAGCACGAGAACGGCAAGGACCUGAAGUCCUCACAGCUGGCCGGCCACCUGCACCGAAUGGCCUCCGAGGUGCUCCAGGGCGGAGCCGGCCGCAAGGCCGGAGACAUCCCUCCUAAAAUGGUGGACUUGAAGGAGAAGCCCGUCUCCUUGACCAAAGCGGCGGAGGGGCACGGGAAGAACUGCGUGCCCGUCAUCCAGAGGACAUUCGCUCACUCCAGCGGGGAGCAGAGCGGCAGCGACACGGACACGGACAGCGGGUAUGGGGGGGAGCUGGAGAAAAGCGACUCCAAAUCCGAACAGCAGUAUUUCAAAAAGGAUACCGAACUCAAGUACGCUGUCCAGGAGAGAAUAAGCUCGAUUAAGCAAGAGACUGAGGACCCGCCGGCCAAAAGGAGCAGGCUGGAGUCGCCGGAGGACGAGGGCCCGUUUGGCAGCGACGUGAUGGGCUCGUCCGGCGGCUUCCUGGGCCCCCACGCUCACCAGCCGCCCCUGUGCCUGCCUUUCUACCUGAUCCCGCCGGCCGCAACAGUGCCCAUGCUGGAGAAGUGCUGGUACCCGGCGUCCGUCCCCGUGCUGUACCCCAGCCUGCCAGCCUCUGCCGCGGCGCUGACGGGGUUCAUGAACCCCGACAAAAUCUCCCCGCCCCUGCUGAUCCCCCAGAGACUCCCUUCUCCCGUACCGGCCCAUUCCCCCAUCGACUCCUCGGCUCUGCUUCAAGCUUUGAAGCAGAUCCCUCCUUUGAACUUGGAAACCAAAGACUAA